AUGUUGGCUCCCAAUGACACCACUGAUGAACAGCCAGCCUUUAUCUUCAUUGGAAUCCCUGGACUAGAAAAUUUACACGUCUGGAUCUCCAUUCCUUUCUGCCUCCUCUACUUCAUGGCCCUGAUAGGAAAUACUAUUCUCCUUCUCCUUGUUAGGACUGAGCAGAGCUUACACGAGCCACAGUUCUAUUUCCUAGCCAUGCUGGCACUCACUGACCUGGGCCUCUCCCUAUCGACAUUGCCAACUGUCCUGGGCACCUUCUGGAUUGGUGCUCACCAGAUUGGCCUGGAUGCCUGCCUGGCCCAGAUGUUCUUCAUUCACACACUCUCCUCUGUGGAGUCAGGAAUCCUUGUGGCCAUGGCCUUUGACCGCCUGGUAGCCAUCUGUUCCCCACUGAGCUAUUCCCAGAUCCUAACUAGCCAUGCCAUUGUCUGCCUUGGUGGGGCUGCCUUCAUACGUGGUGCUGUACUGCUGGCUCCACUGCCCUCAUUCCUCAGCAAUUUUCUUUGCAGAGACAACAUUCUUUCCCACUCCUACUGCUACUACCCAGACCUGCUGACACUGGCCUGUGGGGACAUUACAUUCAGCAGUGCCUAUGGGCUAGUCUUUGUACUUUGCACCUUUGCAGUGGAUGCACUAUUCAUCAUAGCCUCCUACCUGAAAAUCUUGACCACUGUCCUGAGGCUGGGAGCUAGUGACAGGGGCCUACGAUCUAUGCAGACUUGUGCCUGUCACCUAUGCACUGUACUCAUUUUUUACCUCCCUCUCAUCAGCCUGGCUGUGAUGCACCGCUAUGCCCAUGGAACACCCCCACUCCUCUAUGCUACCAUGAGCAAUGCUUACCUCCUCCUCACACCAGUUCUUAACCCUCUGGUUUAUAGUCUCAAAUCCCGGCAGAUCCAGGCCGCUCUACAGAGACGGGUCUGGGUUCAGAGGGUCACUGCUGGAGAAUGA